AUUUUUGGCGGUGGUGUAGGGGGUGCACUUGCAGAUGCUGUCAUGCACAGUACUGACACUGUCAAGACUCGUCUACAAGGACAACUGACUGCACGGAGUGAAAAGUAUCAAGGCAUGGCACAAGCUUAUCGAACAAUUUUAAAAGAAGAAGGGGUACGAGGCUUAUAUGGUGGAUUUACAGCAGCCGUUAUUGGAUCACUUCUUUCUCAUGGAGUGUAUUUUGCGGCGUACGAAGCCAUCAAACGAGAGUUGAUUUCAUCAGGACUCAAUCCCGAGGCCAGCUAUUUUAUUGCUGGGGGUCUUGGCGAUGUGGCAGCCAGCGUGUUUUAUGUUCCUUCCGAGGUUUUAAAAACUCGUCUUCAACUUCAAGGACAUUAUAAUAAUCCGCAUAGCUUAUCAGCACAUAAUUAUCGUAGCACCUUUCAUGCAUCAACAACGAUUUUAGAAAAACGAGGCAUUGCUGGAAUGUAUCAUGGAUGGGGUGCUACAUUGAUUCGAGAUGUACCUUUUACAGCAAUUCAGUUUACUCUUUACGAGACCCUCAAAUCAUUUUUUGUUCACACUCAUUGCGACGACGAUCCUUUAAAACUAACAACGUGGCACGAUAUGGCAUCUGGUGGAAUUUCUGGAGUUGUUGCUGGUUGUGUGACGACUCCACUAGAUGUAAUUAAAACAUAUUUGAUGACACAAAGACUAUCAAAGUUAGGAUCCACUUCAUUUGUGUUACCAGCCAAACCAACACCCAACAACGCACCAACCUAUGCAGGUGUGAUCUCUGCUGGACGAGGUAUUUAUGGACGAGCUGGAAUCAGUGGAUUGUUUAGUGGUGUUGGGCCGCGUAUGCUUUGGACAGGCAUGCAAAGUACUGCCAUGUUUAUGCUUUAUGAACUCAUGUUAGGUUUUUACAGACAAUUGGAAUAG